AUAGAGGAAGUGUGCUCUUUGUUGUAUUGUAAUGUCUUUUAUUUUCAUUUGUGACGUCUGAUGAUAGCAAUAACAAGGUGAUAGUUACAAAUCAUCGAUAUAUUCCAAUUACAACACAUCAGUGUACAAAAAUAUCCCUCUAUAGUCUACACUAGUCUCAGACUCAGCGGAAUAAUAUGAAAAAUCUUUUAUUUCUAUGUUAUGAAAAAUUCAGUGAUAUUUUACAGGUGGUUAGUUAAAGCGUAGUUUUUCGUAACUGAAUCUCGUUUCAUGUGAAAGUAUUAUAAGAAUAUUACGUCACAUCGGAUUGGAAUCGAUUCGUUCGUCUGUUGAGACUCGAGGCAAAAACAUUAAACAGCUGUGGGACUUCGGCUCAGUUCGUGUGUUCUCGCCGGCAGAGUUCGUUGGCUGACUGAAUGAGUCAGUCAGUAGCAUACUGACGUCCGACGACAGAAGACGUGUAGCUCCACCCUCGUAACAGGGCUUCCAGUGUUUUGUAAUAAGUGACGUGUUUUUGUGUGUGGAUAUUAUAUUUUUACUGAGAUUCAGUGUUAAUACAUUCGGUGUCCGGUAGAGGCGAUGCUGGCGAAUAUAAGCGGGACUUUGGUGCAGGGUUUCCAUCAGGAUGGUCACACAGCGAUGACGCCUAGUAAGAAGAUGGAGUCAAAGGGCACCCAGAUACACUUGCCGCUGAUGGGGCGAGGAAGCCGUGGCGAGAUCAGCGACAAAGUGAUGUUCACUCAAGUGAAGACUCCGGAACAGCUCAAUAAUGGACAGUUGUCAGCUGGCUCACAGAUGAAUCUAUGUAAUGGUGGUGCGGGAGCAAUGACCGGUUUGGUUCCAAAAGUGCCUAACAGUGAAGGCGAUCAGAAGAAGCCUAUGGCUUCUCUGACGCAUCUACCGAAACGACCUCCAGUAGACAUAGAGUUCCUGGACCUGUCUUAUUCAGUCAGCGAAGGUAGAAAGAGAGGCUAUAAAGCACUUCUAAAAGGCAUUAAUGGGACCUUCCGUUCGAGUGAAUUGACAGCGAUUAUGGGACCUUCGGGGGCUGGUAAAAGUACGCUGAUGAAUAUUCUAGCGGGAUACAAGACUUCAAAUGUAAGUGGCUCAAUUCUUAUAAAUGGAAAGGAGAGAAACCUUCGACGUUUUAGGAAAUUGUCCUGUUAUAUUAUGCAGGAUGACUGUCUCCUUCCGCAUCUUACAGUCAGAGAAGCUAUGUAUGUCUCUGCGAAUCUGAAACUCGGUAAAGAUAUGACUAUAAAUGCUAAAAAGAUAGUCAUUGAUGAAAUAUUAGAGAUGCUGAGCCUCGUGGAAGCUGGAGACACGAGAACUAUAAAUUUGUCCGGUGGUCAGAAAAAACGAUUAUCUAUAGCAUUAGAAUUAGUCAAUAAUCCACCUGUGAUGUUUUUCGACGAGCCUACUUCUGGACUGGAUAGCUCGUCGUGUUUUCAAUGUAUAUCGUUAUUGAAGUCCUUGGCCAGAGGAGGCAGAACGAUCAUUUGCACCAUCCAUCAACCGUCCGCCAGGCUGUUCGAAAUGUUUGAUUACUUAUAUACCUUAGCUGAAGGGCAGUGUAUAUACCAAGGAUCCGUCAGAGGUUUAGUGCCAUUUUUAUCGUCCAUGAGUCUGCAUUGCCCCAGUUAUCACAACCCAGCCGAUUAUGUGAUGGAAGUAGCAACCGGAGAGCAUGGAGACUGGGUACACAAACUGGUCAUGGCUGUUAACAAAGGCAACUGUGGCCGGGGACAGUCCUCGACGUCAUCUUCUUCGUCAUCAGUACCUCAGAACUGUAAUUACAACAACCAGACAAAAAACAACGUGAAGAAAGAAGCCCUCGAGAUAGUUAUCGACAAACCAACCUGCACUGUGAUAGACAUGUCGGAGCCGACUCUGAACACAGAGAAACAGAACGCUUUACCGAACUCAACUAACUUGGCUCCCGUCACCUGCACCACUUCACUCCUGGACUCGAGUGAAAGUUUCACUAAGAAACCCCAAAACACGGGGUUCCCAACGUCAGGGUGGAAGCAAUUUUGGAUCUUAUUGAAACGGACGUUCAGAAGUAUAUUACGGGAUCCGAUGUUGACUCAUUUAAGGCUAUGUUCGCAUACAGUUGUCGGUUUGUUGAUUGGAUUCCUGUAUUAUGAUAUCGGUCAGGAUGCUGCGAAGGUGAUGAGCAAUGCCGGAUGUAUAUUCUUCACUGUGAUGUUCACAAUGUUCACGGCGAUGAUGCCCACGAUUUUAACAUUCCCAACUGAGAUGAGCGUGUUUGUGAGGGAGCAUUUAAAUUACUGGUACUCACUAAAAGCUUUCUACUUCGCUAAGACUAUAGCAGACUUACCGUUUCAGAUCGUGUUCAGUGGCGUGUACGUGAUAAUAGUGUACUUCAUGACGGGCCAGCCGAUGCAGACGGACCGCGUGCUGAUGUUCACCACGAUAAACAUCCUCACGGCUCUCGUCGCUCAGUCUCUGGGCUUGUUGAUCGGGGCCGCUAUGAAGAUAGAGACCGGCGUGUACCUGGGCCCGGUCACGACCAUACCGGUCGUAUUAUUUUCCGGGUUCUUCGUCAACUUCAACGCCAUCCCCAGCUACCUCCAAUGGCUGACGUACCUGAGCUACGUCAGAUACGGCUUCGAGGGUGCGAUGCUGUCGGUCUACGGAUUCGGCAGAGAGAAACUGCACUGCUCUCUGCCGUACUGCCACUAUAGAUCUCCGAGUCUGUUCCUCAAAGAAAUGACGAUGGACAAAGCGAAUUUCUGGGUGGACGUCGGCGCGUUGUGCGGUUUCUUUGUAUUUAUUAGAGUUAUUUCCUAUCUAGUGCUAAGGUUCAAGCUGAAGAUGAUGCAGUAGGUGCACAAAAAUUGCUUCCUCGUUUCAUCAGUGAUGAGUUACUUUCCAUUUAAUCAGGUUUUUAGCAACACUGCCCUAAGUGGUUCGCUUAGCGUUACGGCUGACAUAGUUUUCAAUAUUUGCAAGACGAUGUCAGCUCGGCCUGCGUCUACCCGCGGCGCAACUAGACGUUAAAGUAGAUUAAUGAUAGUUAUCGAAAUAUCUAGCUUUAUAGGACGCAGUUCGACCCAGUCGGUUUAGUGUUUAUACGUAAAAUUAGGAUAAGGUUUUUCUAGAUCGGGCCCAUGACUUAAUCUUAAGUUACAUGAUAUUAUAUAUUUAUUAUUUGUAGUUAAUGAUUCUCUUGUUAGGCUUUUUUAUUCGUGUAAGUACGCUUGAUAUUAAAUCGUUCAGACUCUUUUGGUCUGUCAAAAUUACGACUUUAUAUUAAUAAAAAAAAAAAUUUAAACAUCAUACGGGCCUAAUGUUACAUCUUGUAUGGUACGUGUCUUAAAAUGUUUGUUCAAUAAGUACUAGCGUUAUAUUUAAAAACAUGCAAAUAAAAGACAAAGUGCAAUAAAUCAUUAUCAAUAUAAAGCAAUAUUUCCGUCAAUUUUCCGUGUUACAGCUUGUAGGAUAAAAUAUAUUUUAUUUUUUAGAUUAAGUCUUUAUCGAGGAGUGUUUGAUUUCUGAUGUAUACAUGUAUAUAUAUAUAUGUAUAAACAAACACUAUAUAUAUAACACUCAUUACUCAUUUUAGGACUAGUUUUUUUUUUAACAAUUUAUAUUUAUAUUUUGAGUGAUCUCAAAUUUAUUCUUUGUAAUCUGUAUUAUGUAUUCUUGUAAUUGUAAUAAUUUUUAUUUUCAGUAUGUUUCACAAUAUGUAUAGGUGUUCCUCAGAUAUUUAUUGAUCAGAUAUUGUCUCAAAAGUUCCUUAGUCGCUGCUUGAUUUGAGUAAAAAAACCACGUGGGUCGUAAUUUUGUCAGAGUUAACGGACAGGCGUACAUAUCUACUCAACCUUCAUUCUAGUAUUAGAUAUUCAUAGUGACAUUCAUUACGCUAAACUCUUUUGGUAAUUCUCUGUCUAUCUUAAUUACCAGUAUUUAUUAAUAAACGACUGUGAUUUUUAUAUAAUA